CAAACAGAAGAAGAAGAAUUAAACGUUUCCCGGUAGUUGAAGCGCCUCGGGUCUUCCUUUAGGUGGCUCACAGUUUUUUUUGGACCCGGAGCAAAGUACCAAGAAAGCAGAGUUCAAUGCCAUUUAAUUGUAUCGUCAUCCAGUCAACACACCGUGAUGUUUUCCCAACAUUAGCCGUUUACGGACGACUAGCGACUUCAAGACGCACCGUUGAAACUAAAGACUGAAAAAUGGAGGAGGGCUUGGAGGUGAUGGAGAAUAUUGUGUUCCGAGGAGUGGAAUUUGCCGUGAAGGUGGAAGUGGAUAAGGGCGUGCUGCUGGUGGAAAUUUCAGAUUCAAAGACGGCAGAUCAGUGGAAGGGAGAAUUUGAUCCGCCGUACAUCGAAGACCUCACACGCAAAACGGGCAACUUCAAACAGUUCCCCAUUUUUUGUAGCAUGUUGGAAUCCGCCGUGAGAAAGACAAGUGAUUCUGUCACACUCGACUUGUUGACCUAUGCGGACCUGGAGCUUCUGCGGAACAGGAAAGCCGGAGUGGUCGGUCGCCCUCGGGGCCAUCCGCAGUCGUCUGCUCUUACCGCCAAACGUUACCUUAUUCUCAUCUACACGGUGGAGUUUGACAGGAUACACUACCCUUUACCGCUGCCAUACAUCGGAAAGCCGGAUCCGGCCGCCUUGCAGAAGGAGAUCAGGAGCCUUAGGGCGGAGCUAAGCGCGCUCACCUCUCAAGGAGUUGGCAAGUCUGCGGAGCUCGAAAUCCAACGCUUACGAGCGGAGCUAGCUCUGAUGAAGGAGGAGAAAGAGGCCAUCGCCAAAGUCCUGGAGCGAUUGCAGCUCAGCGGAAGCGUUCCUACGCCCGGCGGUCCUCAAGACUGGAGGGCUCGGGACGUGGUGAGGACCUUGGAGGAGCAGCUGCUCAAGGAGAGGGCCAAGAGUCAGCGCUCGGCCACCAAACGAUGCCAGGAGCAGCAACUGCUGAUGGAGCAGCUGGAUGAACUGAGGGCCUCGGAGUGCACGCUCCGCCUUCAUGUCAAAAGUCUGACUAAUGAACUGGCUCUGCUACGCAGAAGCAGAGGGACGCCCACUUCCGCAUGUGGGGAGAUCUAUCGUUCGCACAACCCUGUCAGGGGUCGCUCGGGAUCCAGAGAACGCAGAGGCGACAGAGUGCAAAGGUCAACGGAAAGAGGGAGACGAGCAGACUCGACAGGGACGCGUUCUGUCGUACGAAGGCCGUCACCUUCUCCCGCUGGGUCUCGAGCACCUCGUUUUGAUCCAACUGCUUACAUCCAGGACAAACAGCGCCGACUAAGAGAAUCCGAACUCAAAAAACAGUUAAAGGUGCGGCGGGACUUAAUGAUGUCACCAUCACUGAUACCUGAACGAGGCCGUUCCCGCUCCAGAGAGGCUUGUCCUCAGUUGAGUCGCACCGGCAGCCGAGGAAGGAGUUUGUCUAUAGAGCGGCAAAGAAGCAGGAACUCCUCCGAGAGCUCCUUAGUGGAUAUGGAGGAGAUGACCAAAGCGCUGCUCAGAGGAAGAAAACAGACAUUCAAUGGCCCCAGUACGUCCAGAGGGAACCUGAUAGCCGGCAAGCCCUUAAGCAGCACUCCAACAUACAGGAUGAAGGACAGAGAGAGCUCCAUCGACACAGGCGCGGAGCUGUCGGAAAUAGACGCCAGGCUUCAGGCCCUGCAGGAGUACAUGAGGGACUUGGACACAGGACAUUGACAGAUGGUGCAGCUUGCAGCGCAACAAAGCUCAUGUGUUGGACUUAUGAACUGAGCAGCGUUUUUUUUAUUUCUUAGUCCUCUGCAUGGACCAGAAGCAUUCCAGACAGGACCUCAAACUUCAGGAAAUGAAAACAAUCACUGUAAAAUUCAAGAAUAUUUUUACAUGAGUGUUUUCAAUAUUUUUAUUAAUUUAAAAUAUCGCUGUGAAUAAAUGUGGUUGUAUUCUAAACAA